GCCGGGUCUUGUAGUCUGUUUCCCCGAUAUGCAGGGUUGGGCUGUAACUCCGAAGUCGGCGGGCGCAGGAUGUGAGCUCACAGCCGAGAUUGCAGAUAGCUAGCUACAGGCCAGAGGCCGCACGGAGUUCGCUUGCCACUUGGCUGAGAGGAAAGGCGCCCCCGCGGACGCACUGAGAGUAUGAGGCCCUGGCCUCUGCGGGACACUCAUUUGUGACCACUUCCACCACGGCAGAGCCUUCCAAGCCUACCUCCUGCCGUGUGGUAAUCUACCUGCAGCGGGAGAUGUCAGGGGACACCUGUCUGUGCCCAGCCUCAGGAGCCAAGCCCAAGAUAAGUGGCUUCAAAGGAGGUGGGCUGGGUAACAAGUACGUGCAGCUCAAUGUGGGGGGCUCCCUGCACUACACCACGGUGCGGGCUCUCACCCGGCACGACACAAUGCUCAAGGCCAUGUUCAGUGGGCGGAUGGAAGUGCUGACCGACAAAGAAGGCUGGAUCCUCAUAGACCGUUGUGGAAAGCACUUUGGCACCAUCUUGAAUUACCUCCGAGAUGACACCGUCACCCUCCCUCAAAGCCGGCAAGAAAUCCAGGAAUUGAUGGCUGAAGCAAAAUAUUACCUCAUUCAAGGGCUGGUGAGCUUGUGCCAGGCCGCCCUGCAGGACAAGAAAGACUCCUACCAGCCUGUGUGCAACAUCCCCAUCAUCACAUCCCUGAGGGAGGAGGACAGGCUCAUUGAAUCCUCCACAAAGCCGGUGGUGAAGCUGCUGUACAACAGGAGCAAUAACAAGUACUCGUACACCAGCAACUCUGAUGAUCACCUACUGAAAAACAUUGAACUGUUUGACAAGCUGUCCCUGCGCUUCAAUGGUCGCGUGCUCUUCAUCAAGGACGUCAUCGGUGACGAGAUCUGCUGCUGGUCUUUCUAUGGCCAGGGUCGUAAGCUGGCAGAAGUGUGCUGCACCUCCAUUGUGUAUGCCACAGAGAAGAAGCAGACCAAGGUGGAAUUCCCAGAGGCCCGUAUCUAUGAGGAGACACUCAAUGUCCUGCUCUAUGAGACCCCUCGAGUCCCUGACAAUUCCUUGCUGGAGGCCACAAGCCGCAGCCGCAGCCAGGCUUCCCCCAGUGAAGAUGAGGACACCUUUGAAUUACGGGACCGUGUCCGUCGCAUUCACGUCAAGCGCUAUAGUACUUACGACGACCGUCAACUCGGCCAUCAGUCUGCUCAUCGCGACUAAUGAGACCCUUAGGAAAUCAGGGCACAGGAAGUCCUGUCUGCCACACUGUGGACAUACCCAUUGGCCACCCCAUGCUGCUCCUCUAGCUUGGGAGUCUGCUCUAAUAUGUACAGGUAACAGUCCUGCUUGGGAGGUCAGGAAGCAGGGAGAGGAAAGGCCACAUCAUCAUCUUGCCUGGCCCUCCCCCAGCACUUCCAGAUGCCACCCCACUUCCUGCCAACAGGGAACAACUUAUGCUCUAGGGUGAGUUCCACCUCCUGCCAAGAACACUCCCCGGGCCCUUGGCUGCAUGCCCCUUUCUUCUGAAGGGCUCCUUUAUUUCCUCAGCUGAGGCGCACGGGAACAGCUUUGUUCUAGGGGAAAGGAGGCUUGUGGUGCUGAGGACCCAAAUUUGAACAGAAAAGGCAGCCUUUUUUCCCUAAGGUGUUUAAACAUUGCCAUGACCUGGAUUUUGUUUGUUUUUAAAUCUAGAUGUUAGCAUGGUGGCCAUGCCUAUAAUCCCAGCUAUGAAGAGGCUAAGGCAGGAUCACGAGUUCUAGGCUAGCCUGGGCAACACAGCAAGACCCUCAGUAUAAAAGUUUAAAAGAAGGGCUAGUGGCAUAGCUCAGUGGUAGAGUACUUACCUGGCAAGAGUGAGGCCCUGGAUUCAAUCCCCGGUAUUGCCACACUGAGUAAGAAAUGACUAGUCUGAGGGAAAGGCUAGGACUAAGCAUGUUACCUCUGCAGGAUGCUAGGACCCCACAUAGUACGGGCACACAUAUACAUACUUGCUCCACCCUUUUCCAUAUCGUAGGACCCAUCUUUAAAGCACUUUGUAUGUCUAUCAUUCAGGAAAAUCUAUUCUGCCUUGACCCAAAGCUUUUUCUGACACUGAUCUCCUCUUGCAGAAUCUAAAGGACAGGAUAAGACAGGAGGAUCACAAGUUUGAGACCAGCCUGUGCUAGGUAGUUAAAGUUCCUGGUUUAGGGAGACUUUGUCUCAAGAAAAAAAGUAACUAAACUGACCAGCCUUGGCUUGUCAGCCUGAUUGGCCAUCCCAAAGAAUACUAAGAAGGAAAGGAUGUCCAAGUUGAAAAUGGCUUUAACAGCAUCCUGUGGGGAAAGAUCUUACCCCUACACUGCAGGGUCACAUCACUGACUCAGAUUUAACAAGAUACUUUGGUUUGAGCCUCAUACUUGGGUAUGCUCAGCUCUAAGACAUGCUGUCCCCACACACCAGCAAGCCAAAAGCUGUGAUGCAGGCCAGAAACAAGCUGCAGCAGAAGGCCAUGGAGCCAUCGGCUGAAGCAGCAAAGUCCUGGAGCUCCAUGCUGUUAGCAGUGGCCAGGAUGUGGUGCAGCCCCUGACACCAUGUCUCGGUUUGUUCUGGCUCUGGGUGGUGGUUCUGCCUAGUGAUGACUCUCCAAAUCCACAGUAACUAGGACAGCCUAAGCCUUUAAAAGGCCUUCAUUUCUUCUGGGUCACUGAUCAUGGAGGUACCAAGAUCUAGACCUGGUGUAAGUUCUUCCUUUGGUUUCUUUGUUGGCAUUGGCUGUCUUAACUGGAUUCUUUCCAGAGGAAUGUUGUCACUGGAGGGGGCUGUUUGUACGCCUAAGGAAGUGUGUGGCCAUCAACAGUGCUCAAGGGAUGAUAGACAGUCAGCUGCAUCCCUUGACCACUCUUGCGAUUGCCACAUGGGCACACAUAGCUCACCUCUUAGAGCUUAUGGGCAGAUGCCAAGCCCAGGCUUGGGUUGUCACAUGGAUCUGACCUGACAUGAUAGAGCAGGGGAAAUGGGAACUGUGACUUAACAAUCAGGCGUGUUAUGUUAAUCACAAUCUUGAAUGUAUAAAUAGCUCUAAGAUACUUGGGUCAGUCACCUUAGUGAUGAGCAGCUACUAGUUCUUCAGACCUCACUGGAACAAAGAUGACAGCCCAAUUUUUUUGGCCAAGUUUAGGCUUUCGCUUUGAGCCUUUCCCACAGAUUUUGGAAUGUUACAGUGUGAGGCUACAAUCUGUUUUCUCAGCUGCCCCAAGAAGCCCCUUACUGUUCAGUUUCCCUGCUGCCUGCUGUCCCUUUACCUUCACACCCUCUUUAGCCUCUGUGGUGCUGACAUUCAUAACUUCUGCUGCUCAGAGCUGUCCAGUUGUUGGGCUGAGAAAAAGCACAGCAGCAGGAGUCCCAGGUUGGGCAUUCAUCUUUUUAACUGAAAAUUUCUUCUUGGUUUAAGGAAAACACUAAUACUGAAGUGAUCUGGACUUUGUGGCUUUGUAGCCUCUGAGGAGAGCAGAGCCAGCAGCUCCCUAGAAGAAAUUUUGCACGGAAAGCAACUAAGGCCGUAAGGGCUUGUGAGAUUUCCCCGUCCCCUCCUAAAGUAGUUCUGGCAGGAUGGGAUUUUUGAUCACAGGCAGCCCAGGGGAAGGGGAAGUAAACAUAAGGCAUGGAUGAGGGUCAGACUGGAAGCUGCUAACACACACCGGCUGUGUGCUCUGUUAACCUGGGACGUGUGACCGGUCAGCCUGAAGGGCAACACAGGUUCUGGCACGAAAGAAUGUGUCCUCUACUGCAUACCUGCAAUCUUGGUCGCUUACCCUCAGUGAGAGAAGUAAACACUAACUUGUAAUAAAAUUGUUUUACACUGCUGA